UUCGUUGAUGAGGUGGUGCCGAAUUAUUUUCAAUGUUUAUACGCCGGCAAAUAACGAAAUAAGUUCAAUUAUUCGGUUUAAAGUGAUGUUAAAGAUGAUUUCUGUUUGAACGUAAUACUAAUGUGUGAAAAUCACAGCUCCGGGUGAGUUUUUACCUAAGUGCAAAGUAAAAACAUGUAAGGUGACGCGGGAACUUUGUUGUAGAUGUUGCGAAUACAAUUCUUGUUCCAAAAUGGAUACUAAUGCGAACAAGGAUUGGAAGAAGAAAUUGGGCUUCCCAAUUAAUUACGAUUCAGGCCAGAGUUCCGAGGAGGACUUGACCACAUGAAACAACACUGUCUGAAAAAUCUAAAUCUAUAAGAUAUUCUCACAUGGCUUGAAUUAAUACAUCACCGGCUUAGCACCGCCUUCAUACUGAUCAGCAGUGACACAAAGGAUGUGGUGAUGCGACACUCGCGUCACUCCUCAGGGUAUUACUUGGAGGAGAACGGAGACGGCUCCAUGGCGGACCAGCUCGGCACCACGCCGCCCAGAACACGCAUUAGAGACAAGGAGAGACGGAGGAAUGUAUUCCUGGAAUCCGGAUCCAAUCUGCAGAAGAUGCUGGUGGAGGGUUCCAAACUGGAUGACGUGCCUGCGCCGCCCCCAACACGGCCCAUCAGAAGACGAUCGGAGCGGAAGCUCAACAUAUCCAAGGAGCGCGACUGGAAGGACAGCCAGAGGGAGCCCAGAGCUGAUUCUCUUCCCUCGCCCAGUCCUCAGCCUGCAGUACCCACGCUUGUGGAGUCGUGCAGUCGCUUCAUGUCCCUCAGCUCUCGUCUGAAGUGCCAGGCGGCGUGCGAGGACGUGCAGCAGCGAGGAGACGAGGACGAGCUGCCCGCCAGCAGGGUCAACUUCCACAACACUUUCAGCAUGCUCAUCAAUAUGGGCAACAUUGAGAAAGGGUGCAAACGCACGAUAAGUCGCGAGGAGCAGGUGUGGCAGAAUGAGCUCAAAGACCUGAUAUGGUUGGAGCUGAAAGCCAAGCUGGCGGGGCGGACCCUCGGACAGCAGGACGAGUUCCUGUGCUCCCAGCGCAGCAUGAUCCCCUCCAUCAUGCAGAGGAUCCAUGAGUAUAAGUUCGAAAAUCCAGAUCCUUGUAGAAAUCGGACACGACUGCUGGCUCCCAUUGAUGGAUCAAGUGAAGAUCUUUCCCACCCACUAGAAGAAUAUAAUCCAGAUCAAAAUGGCGAAGAUUAUCUCUUCGGUUGUGUAUCAUUCGACUGCGAGCGCUGCACUACCGCAGUCGGUAUCGCCAUGAAACAAGUGGCCGAGUUGCUGGAAGCGUACGAGGCGGUGAUAGCUCUGUACCCGUCCAGCAUCGCGGCCGCGGCCGAGCACCCCGAGCUCUUCUCCGACAGGACUGUGAACAGACUGAAAGCGAUGUGUCUGUGGUACAACACGGCACUGCACAUGCGUCUGAAGGUGCUGUCCGUCCGUCGCAUGCUGCGUACAGUACGCGACAAGAGUCGACGCGGCCUGGAGCACGGCGUCUCCACGGAACCCAGUAGCAGAAAAUCUUCAGUCAGCCAACGACCGUGCCAAGUUCGUUUCAACGUUAGCAAUAACACAAGCGACUCCAACAACAGUGACUCUAGCGGACAAUCCGACAGGAAAUCUGAUCAUUCUGAUGAUCAGGGGAAAGAAUCUGAUGUGCAGACCAAUGAAGUUAUAGACGCAGUAAAUAAAGAAGUCAUUGAAGGCAGUGAAAGCAGAAAUGAAGAAAAACGAGGAGUUGAUAUUACUGAUAGCGGAAUUGCCAAAACUGAGUGUGCUCUAGGCGACAUGACACCCGAGAUAGUGGUGUCGGAGACUUACAGCACGAAUGACACCACCGUGUCCAGCGAGAGCGGCUACACCUCCGGCGAGCACAGCUACGAGCGCGAGGUGACGCACGACGUGUACGACAUCGACCAGUUGCGGGACGUGGCGCAGCUGCGGCUGCUGGGCCGGACCGAGGUGUCUGCGUACCGUGACUAUCACUAUGAGAUGCUGAAGACUCAAGGCGUGCGACGCUGCAUGAUGUUCAUGAACAAGAUGUGCAACAAGCUGCUCAACAAGGUCUACCUUACUCUGCUGGAACCGCAGCAAGAAGGCGUGGAAGAAGACGCGCAAGACGUUUUCUACGAAACCAAAGACACGGAACAAAAGACUGAUACACAUAAUAGUUAUAUCAUUAGGAAUACUUAUGAAUUUCGGAGGUACGGUUGCUGGUGUGAAGAGACGUUAUCAAUGCAGCUACCAUCGUAUAGGAGUCAUUUCCUGCUGCUGACCAGUAUUUGUAUGGAGGCAGUCCACGACUACCUCUCGCUGAGGAUGGAGGGCCGACCGGAGCAACUGUCCUGCCUUACUAUCAAACAAUUAAUACACGAACUGAAGGAGGGUCUGGACAUAGCAGCGGAGAUGCGUGCCUCGUUCGCGCGUAAUGUGGAGGCGGCGCUGCGGGGCUCGCGCGCCGUGCUGCAGACACGCAAGGAUCUGCUCGACAUACUGCACACCUUCGACGCGACGGUUGAGACUGCGCUGCAGCAAUACCUAUCGUACCUUCGCACGAUGUCAGAAACGGAAGCCCAGAGUCGGGCAACGCUAGCGGCCGAGUGGGCCUUCACCGCGAGACUGGCAGCGAGGACUCCGCAGGCCGCCGUGCUAGCGCCGCCGGCUUUCGCAGACAUGGCGUGCAAUCAACUCAACAGAGUGCUGACAAGAUUUGAGGACAAGUUCAAACAAGUCAUGGAGCUCGAGAAAAAUGAACACGAACACGAAGAUCCCGAUGAUCAAAGAUACAUGGUGUACACGAUAUGCCGCGAGGCGCAGUGCGUGUACGCGAGCGAGCGCGAGGCGGCGCUGCAGGCGGCGCAGUGGGCGCGCGCGCUCGCGUCGCGUCUCGCGCAGCGGCACCGACUGCACUCCGGACGGAUAUUUAACAGUCUAAUAGCCAUCAGAGAUUGCCUGGCGCGUCACACGGCAUACAUCCUGGAGCGAAGUCGCGCCGAGGCGUUGUCGUCGCAUGAACUGCCCAAGGACAUACGCGACAGUAUGGUGGCGCGAGUGAGGGAACUAUUGCUGCAAGUUUACAAACUAGGUUUUGAGCUGCACACAGAGUUGUACAAGUUCGCGCAGGCGCCGUUCAAACUGCGCGAACAACAGGCCCGCCGUAUGCGCCCCUCCUCCCUCCAGCCCUUCCGCCCCCAGACCCCUCAGCUGAGGAGAAAGAGGCCCGAGACUAUGCUCGUACACGAGACUUCGUCCACAGCCAAUCCGAUGAUUCACAAAGAGCUGCACAGGUUCGUCAACGAUGCACCACAGAGUAAACAGUUUCCUCACAGGAAUGUGGGGGGUUCUCCGCGGAAGGUCCUCGGUAACCCUCGCUCUCUGAUGAGGUCUGAGAGCAUCGGAGAAGAGGGAGAAGCGAGCGUUAUUGAUGAUAACACUUUUGUCAGUCCGUCUUUGAACAACAUCGAAAACCUCUUAUCCGGGUCAAAGUCCGCUCAAGCAAAACGAGCGGAGUUGGACGAGCCUACGCAGCAAGAAGCGGAGUGGGCCAAGCGGACUGCGCGAGCGGUUGUCGAGUUCGCUCGCUGCUGGAUGACCUUCGUUGUUGAGCGGUGUGAUCGGGGACGCGGCUUGAGACCUAGAUGGGCGAGUCAAGGAUUAGAGUUUUUGAUGUUGGCCUGCGAUCCCUGCAACACGAAACAUUUGAGCGAUGAAGAGUUUGAGGAUCUGAAGCAGCUGAUGGACGGCUGCAUAUCGCACGUGAUCGGCUCUCGUACUCCGACCCCCACCACUGUGACCCCCACUCCACCGCACCGCCGGCCUAGGAUCCAUAGUCCUCUAUCGAGUACAAGCAGUGCGAAUAGCAAGGAGAGCGCCUACCCGCCCACCCCGCCCAGCGAACACGACGGACCUCUCAGUCUGCACAAGUUUGAGGAUACCUUACACAGCAAGCGGGUAAUAGAAGCAAUACAUCGUCUGGACGAGGCCAGAGACGAGAAGCUGCAGCAGUCCAAGUCAGUCGGGAAGGUUCUGGAGUCCACGGUCAAGAGCUACGAGCCCAAGUUGCGCCAACUGACUUUCAAGUGGCAACGGGGCCUAAAGAUUGGUGCUGGCACUUUUGGCAAGGUGUACACGGUGGUGAACACGGAGAGCGGGCAGUUGCUGGCUAUGAAGGAGCUCAGCAUCGGCGCGGGCGACCGGCGCGCGCUGCAGCGGGCGGCCAACGAGCUGCGCGUGCUGGAGGGCAUACUGCACCCGCACCUCGUGCGCUACUACGGCUGCGAGCUGCACAGGGAAGAAAUGCUGUUAUUCAUGGAGCUGUGCGUAGAAGGCUCAUUAGAAGCGCUUAUAGCCACUUCUGGGGCCCUCACAGAGCAUACUACUAGAAAAUAUACCAAGCAGCUUGUAAGCGCGGUCUCAGAGCUGCAUUCACGGUCUAUCGCGCACAGGGAUAUUAAGAGUGGCAACAUCUUCCUCACAAAUGAGGGUCACUGCCUGAAGCUGGGAGACUUCGGCUGCGCGGUCAAGAUCCGAGCCAACACCACCGCGCCGGGGGAGCUGCAGGGCUUCGUUGGCACACAGGCGUACAUGGCGCCCGAGGUGUUCAUGAAGUCGUCCGGUCACGGUCGCGCGGCCGACAUCUGGUCGCUGGGCUGCGUCACCACUGAAAUGGCCUCCGGGAAGCGCCCAUUCUCCGAGUACGACAGCAACUACCAGAUAAUGUUCGUGGUAGGCAUGGGCGGGCGGCCCGACAUACCCGACGCGCUGUCGGCGGAAGGCCAACAGUUCUGCCUCAGCUGCCUCACGCACGACCCCGACCUGCGCCCGCGCGCCGAGGCGCUCAGUCUGCACCACUUCUUGAUGGUAAAAUCGGAUGACGACUGCAAGUGCGAGCCGGCUUACCUGAUCACGUAGAUCUAGAUACUACUAUUGUACUAGCCUUGUAGGAAUGUGAACUCUAUUUAUUGAGGCACAAAGUUCAUAUUCCUCUGCAAUCGCCGCCCUCGAUCGCUAGGCUCAUUGAAUCUGUUAAUGUAGGAAUGUAAACACUAUCGACUAGAAAAUAAAAUUCAAAUUUGUCUCGAUCACCGUUCUCGGUAGCUAAACUCAAUAAAAAACAGCAUUUUUUUUUUGAGAAGAUUACUUUAGGAAUGUAAACUCUAUUCAUUGUGUAAUAAAGUUCAGUUUCCUUUUUAAUUACACGCUCGUUCGCAAUCAUUGAAAUUCAAAAGAAAUUAAUCUGUUAAUAUAGGAAUGUAGACUCUAUUUAAUAGGAAACUAAAUUCAAAUUUGUAUCGAUCAUUGUGAAAUACGAAAAAGUUCUAGUACCUAUGUUAUUUUAGGAAUGUGAAUUUCAUUGACUGCGGGUAACUAAGUUCAAAGAAAUCAUUAAAAUCUUUUAAUUUAGGAAAUUGAACUCUAUUGACUAGGUCAUAAGGUUCCUUAGGUCCAAAGACAAGGAACUCUUGGCACAUUGAAAUGUAAACUUUGUUGCGCAUUAAAUAGAGAUUAUUUUGCUGUCACAUCGCCUCGAGCAUUGUUUUUAAACUCGCUUAUAUUAAUGUGUGUGUAAAUUUACUGAUUAAUAAAGUUAAGUUGUAUUGUUAGAAAAAAAAAAUCUAUUAUGAGCCUAUACAAUCAAAUUGUAAAUUUGAAAUUAUGUUUACGGUUAUAAACCAAAUUGUAAAAUAAAUUUAAAAUGAAAUAUUUAAAUAAAAACUUUUAAACAUUUUAUAACGAUAGUAAUAGGUUAAUAAAUUUUAUAAAUAUUUCCAAGAUAAUUAAUCAGCAAAUAAAGGGAUUGAUUUGAUAUAUACUGAUAUAUAUAUAUACUUUGUGUUUAGGAAAUAUAUUAUGCGAAGCAAUAAAGUGUAAAAUGUUCUGUCCAAAUUAUAUAAUCAUAUGUAUAUAUGUGGGAGAAAUAUGGCCCAGAAAAUUAAAAAAAAAAAUAAAGUAAUAAAUUUAAUGAAAUUAAGAAAUUAAUACACCACUACUUAACAUGCAAAGUAAAUAUAAAAAAAUACGCUCGGUGUUUUACCCCACUGCGUUUGGAAGAGGUACUUCUGAUUAUUAUUAUUUUUUACUUUUAUUUUAAAUAAAGUCAAAGUAAAAAUAAUAAUAAUGCAUGAUCAUAAUAUUAUUAUAACAUUAAUACUGACGAUACUUUGUAAUUUAAGUAUUAGACUUAUUUAUUUUAAGGAUUUUAUUAGUUUUUAAAAUAAUUAGGCAAAUUAUGAAUGAUGCAUUUAAGUUGAGCAGCUUUGAGAAAAGUCAUGUUAGGUGUUAAAGUUUGAAUGUUGUUAUAUUGAUUAAUUAAAUUAAUUGAAUUUAUUCAUUUGUUAAUUGAAUGACUCAUUAAUCAAGUUAAUUCAUUUUUUAAUUGAAUAAUUCAUUAUUUAUAGUAAUUGAAUUAAUGCAUUUAUUAAUUAUAUAAAUAAUAUAUUAUUUAUUUAUUUCUCAUCAUUAGACUGAAAGCAUGAACUGUAGUCUCAGACAAUUUAUAAAAGGACCAGUAUCGCACCCAAAUUCACGAACAAAAUUGUCUGUAAUUUUCUGAGGAAAGCGAGCUUAGAUUUGGUGUAUUUCUAAACUAAACUAGAAGUUUUUUUCCGGUUUUUACCGACGGAAACGAUUACAAUUACUCUUAAACAUCGAUACUUUAUAGAUAGUUUUUAUAAUCGCAUUAGAUUAAAAAGAACAGUAACGCGAGCGAGGCAGGUCCUAUACAAUAAAUGGUCUGAGACUGUAGUAGUGCUAUAACAAUGUUUUUAUAACUUGACUGUGUGUUUCGAAUUCAUAUCUAUCUCUCUCCGUGUAAAUAUAUACGAGCACAAGAGAUAGAGAAAUGUUGAGACGAAUUUGAAAUUUGAAUUUGAUAAGACAUCAUUACAUAACUAGCGUUAAUUGUUGACGAAAAAGAUUGAUGAAAACUCAAUAUAAUUAAUAUCUAUUAUAAACGUAACUUAACAUUGUUAAUAAAUUCAAAAAAGUAUAUACUAUUUAAUAUGUUUAUGUAAUAUUUAUUAUGUAAAAUGAAAAAUAGUGCCAUGUUUUGUUGAGUGUUUAUCUAUUUACAUAUUUUGCUGUUUAUUAUGUUGUUUAUUAUUGACAAAGAAAUAAAUAUAAAGAUAUAAAUAUGAACAUAAAUAUAUGUAUAUAUAUGAACAAACGUAAAGGAGAUCAUUCACGCUCCAUACAUUUCUGGGCUCUUUUUGGAAAGUGCCGGCCAACAAAAAAAAAUGGCACGCCUCGUUAGAAUUAGCCAUUUGGAGCAAUAGCUAAUAUGGCAUAAAAGUUGUAGGAGGGCUCUGAACCAAUUUAUACAGGUUCGACGAUUCGUUAUUUCCAUACAUUUUGUCAAUUUUCAAAAGUUCCCGCCAAGAAAAAAACUGAUACGUAUCGUUAGAACUGCCCAUUUGGAGCAAUAAUUAGUAUGGAACAAAGAUUGUAUUUCUAGUUUUUUAUUCUUAGCGGGCACUUUUAAAAGUUGACGAAAUGUAUGGAAAUAACGAAUUAUCGAACCUGUAUAAUUUGGUUCAGAGCCACCUGACAACUUUUAUGCCAUAUUAGCUAUUACUUCAAAUGAUUAGUUCUAACGAUUCGUGCCAUUUUUUUUCGUUGGCCGACACUUUCAAAAAGGGCCCAAAAUGAAUGAUCUCCUUUAUUUUUAAUCGACGUAGUUCCAUAGGUAUUAGAAAAUAUUGUGAAUGUUAUUAUAAUAAUAUAAUUAUGAAAUUAAGAGAAAAUUAGAAAAAAAAUAUAUUUUGUUCUUAAAAAGUAUAAACUGUACAUAAAUACUUUCAUAAAUGGUGUUUGUUAAAUAAGUACAUGUUUUUAAAACAGAACAAUUUUAAUGAAAUGUAUUAUGAAAAAUAAAAUUUUGUGGUUAAAUUAAA